AUGAUUUUGGUGUCAUUUUUAAAUGGAACGAAAAUAAUAUGGGGAAGAAGAAAAGAAAAGCCGUUCCUGUUGGACAUUUUUAAGAUUGGGAAAAAUGUUGGGAAAGCUUCCACGUGCUCAAGUGGCCAUACCUCAAAAGGGGUAUCGGAAAGUGUGAACGGCAAGGAGAAGUUCAUCCAGCUGCGGCAUUCGGACAGUGCUACCAGGUACCAGGUCAACGGAAUAAUGAAGACAAACAAUUGGCCGAAGAAAAAAAUCUCAAAAAAGAAAAACGAACUGUACAUUUUCCUAAAAAAAACAGGAAACAAAAAGGUAGACUUUCACAAGCUAAACAUUGCGCUAACAAAAAAGAUAGGGGAAAUGCAAAACUUUAAUGAAGUAUAUAAGUUGAUUUAUUACAACAAGGACAUUUUAGUCCCCAUAAAUUACGUUGUAUGUGUUUAUAGAAUGUACAAACUGGCGAAACAGAAAGAGUGCAGGAUAGUGAACUACGAGAUGCACGUAAAUAGCCGUGUCGUGGGUGUAAGCAUAGAUGAGCUAUGUCGGAUGGCCGCCCUGGAUCAAGUGAACGACUACGGGGAGCUAAGUCAGGGGGUGACUAUGCAAGGGGGGGAGAGCACCUCGAUCAGAAGCAGCUAUGGAAGCGGAGAAGGAUGUGAUUUCCCCAAAAGGCAGAGAAACCCAUUCAUGAUGGAUCCACAGGAACAACCACGCUAUCUCUGCCUCGACUACAAAAACGACAUACUACAACACAUGGUGAACCAAAUAAACAAAAACUAUUUCAUGAACAAGUUAACCUACCGACACUUAUCAAACCUGCUGUUUGCAUUGAUAAACUUGAAAUAUUACGACAUCGCAACCUACUUGAUAUAUGCUAAGCAUGUAAUCAGCAUGUAUGUCCACCUGUCAUCUCAGGCCAUCGCAAAUAUUACCUACUCGUACGCUUUACUUUUUAGUUUCUACUCAAUCGAUUUUACAAUGUGUUAUGAAAAUUAUGUGUACAAAUAUUACAUACCUACGGGGGAAGGCACGUCAGAGGCGCUACACCAUGACCGCAUAAACUUGAUGUUUUUGCUGCUCAGUCGGUGGAUGUGCAUGAAGGCUAUCAAGCACCUUAACGGAAAUUGUAAGGGGAAGUACGACAUGGACAGUUUUUACAAAGGCGUUUUAUCAAACACGGAAGAGUUAAAUGAAAAGGAAAAAAAAUAUCACUUACAAUUUAACUCGGAAAAUUAUGUCCAAAUUGACAACAUUUACAUCGAUUUGAUGCUCCGUACGAUUCACCAAAAUAGGAAGUAUGUUUUUCCAAAGUUUAACGAAAAGGAUAUAUGUAAUUUUAUUCAGUCCGUGUGUACUUACUAUCCGAUAAAAAAAUUAUAUCAAACGUGCAAGUCCAAUGGGAAUGCUUCUUACGCGGUUUCUCUUGGGAAUGCAGACUCGUUUAUCACUUUUGACUAUGACGCCUUUUUGAGGAGUGCCCUCCUAUGUACCCUCUUCCAUUUGAAAAAAUGCAGUUAUCAGCAUUAUGCGAUUAUUUUCAAGUGCCUUCGAAAUUUGCAAAACAUGGGUGAUACCCAUAACUUGGAGGGGGUAACAAUUUGGGAUGAUCCCAUGUCUUGUUCGUUGCCAUGUGGAAGCAAAAGUGACGCUCACUCCUCCGAGCCGGACCAUCAACCCGAUUUCUCUUCAAAAAAUUAUUCACUAUAUAAAAAAGGGGGAGAAACACACCCGAUAUAUUUUCCCAAAACGAACUCUGUACAAAAUAUUUUAAAAAAGUUAGCAAAAGUUGUUGUAAAAAAUUUACUUACAAAACUUAGGAGCGGAAAUGAUGACAUUCUUUACCAUGUAAACUACUACAAGAGAAGUUCGGCUCUAAACUUACAACACUUGUCUGUAUACCUUUACAAUUUAUCCCUCAUGAAUGAAUUAUACGUGGAAGACAAGACAAGGAAGGAACUGACCCAACUGCUAAUUUCCAUUUUGGAGAAAGGAAUAAAACGUGUGCAUUCCUUUGACAGCAAAAGCGCAAAUGUAAAAUUGGAGGACAAUUUUUUGCAACAGAGUUAUGACAACUUGGUCUGUCUAAGCAAUAUCAACUACGCGUUAAAUAAAAAUAACAUUACCAACGAAUCCUUAGUCCUACACUCAGCAGUACAUUUUUUCAAAAUGUAUCACGUGUUUUACAAGGUGUACAGAAAUUCCGAAAGGACUGCACCCUUUUUUAACUUUCUUGAGAAAAUAAAUGAAAGAGUAUUAUCCAUUUUUAAUUGGACAUUUUCACACACAGGGGUAGCCCUCAUGCCAUUAUUCACUUUAAUUAAUUACCAUUAUUUGUACCUUUUAUAUGUGAAAGACGCCCCAAAUCUGUUUGUCCUUUUAAAGAAAAUGUUACUACCAAUGACUAUAUACAAUAAUGUCACCCUCUACCAGCUGCGCCUCAUUUUGAAGCUCCUAACAAAUUACUACAUGUCUCACGUGGUCAGUAAAAGGGAAGAUGCUACUAAUUACUUGGACCACCUGGAUCGUAUCCACGAUGAUGUGCUAACUUGCAUGUAUAGCUUAUCUUUAAUAAUAGCAAAUAUCUCGCAUAACAUACGGAGUGAGAAACUCGCCAUACAAGGGAACACCAAACCGAACAGUGACAAAGGUGAGUACGUCUAUUUUUACAUAAAUCUGGCACACACGUUGUUAAGAAGUUACUUCUAUCACAUGUACAGUUUAAACACAGGAAAUAUAAAAAAGCACAUUUUGUGUCCCUCCCAAAAUGAAGACACCCUUAUGAAAUUUUACACCUUUUAUUUAUUUGUAAAAAUUAAUAUGAAUAAACAUGUGCAAUAUGAUAGGAAUGUUGUGAAGAAAUUUGUAAGCUCUAGUUCGGUACCCAAAAAGGGGUUUUACUUUUUGGAAAAGUUACUUCCGUCCUUUUCAGAGCAGAACAGUAGCAGUUUGGGGCACAGAGAAGGUCGGUAUGGGGAGUCAUUUGCACACACCGAUUUGGAGAUGAGCGAAGGGGCACAAAUAAGGAACAGCUCAGAGAAGGAAGCGAUGGAUGAAGAGUUAAAUGAAGAGAUCCACACAGUUGACAGUUACCCCAAUAAACGGAACCACGCUCAAAUGAAAGGAGAUAACAACAAGGAUGUGCUUCCACUGUACGCAAAUCAUAUUGACAACAGAAAUUACUCCCCCAGGGAAAAUUUUGGCAUUUUUUAUUUAAUACAAAAAAGCAUUCACCCGAAGGAAAUAAAAAUGAAUAAAAGAAAUCUCCUGUUUUUAAAACAGCCAGAUGUAUCGCAAAUUCUAUUUAAUCCACACGUUGAUAACGAGUUGAGAAAAGUGGAGGAGCGAGUCCUUUUAACGUUUAAACAAAUAGAAAGCUCCAAAUCGCAUAUAAAGAUAUAUAACUAUAUAAAAAAUAUUUACGAAAAGAAAAAAAAUGGCACACAGGAAACCUUCCCUAUACAAAACGAAUACGUAGUAAAUAAGAACAACGCUCUUUUUGUGGUAGACAUUUAUGAUAAAAACACAAACACGAUAUUUGAAAUCGACGGAAUUAGUCACUACACGAAACAGUACAUACCAAACAAAUCCCUGGACUCUUUUAGCUUUUUUUACAACUACAAAUCGUAUUAUAUUUUGAAGCACUUAAUUUUAAGGGAAAAUUAUAACAUUGUGCAUCUGCCUCUGUAUGACAGCAAGUUGUGCCGGAGCAUAAUUUGCGACUACUAUAAGGCAACAAGCGAAAAUGGUUAA